AUGGGUAGCGCAUUAAGCAAUAUGUUCCCGCCAAAGGCCAGCUUCACCGAAGCAAAUUUGCCCGAUCAGAGCGACAAGGUUUUCAUUGUCACAGGAAGCUCAGGUGGCCUCGGAAAAGAACUUACCAAGAUCCUCUACCAGAAGAACGCCAAAAUCUACAUGGCGUGUCGGUCUGAAGCCAAGACCGCAGCCGUGAUCAAGGAGCUGAAGGAACUGUAUCCCAAUUCUCAGGGCCAUGCCGAGUACCUCCAUCUGGAUUUGAACGACCUGACCACAAUCAAGCAAUCCGCUCAGGAAUUUCUUAGCAAGGAAACUCGUCUUGACGUCCUCUGGAACAACGCCGGUGUGAUGACCCCACCGCCGGGUUCCAAAACUGCCCAGGGCUACGAGCUGCAACUGGGCACCAACAAUCUCGCUCCAUUCCUCUUUACCCACUUCCUCCGCCCAGUGCUAUCCGGCACGGCAAAGGUUGCACACAGAGACUCCGUCCGAGUUGUCUGGGUAUCCUCUAGCACGGCGGCCAUGGCACCAAAGCCGCCAAUCGACUUUAGUAAUAUGGAUUACGCAAAGGACGAGGGCCAAGUGCAAAAGUACGCGAGGAGCAAGGCCGGCAACGUCUUGCACGGAACGGAAUUCGCGAGAAGAGUAUCUGGCGAAGGAAUCAUUAGCGUUAGUCUUGACCCCGGGAUUUUUAUGACGGAUUUGCAGCGUACCAUGCCCCUGUGGCAGCGGAUCAUUGUGAAAUUCCUAGCGCAUAAGCCGAUCAAUGGCGCAUACACUGAGCUCUUUGCCGGCUUGAGCCCUACCAUCACGGAGAAGGACAACGGUGGCUGGGUGGUACCGUUUGGUCAACUCGCAGUUGGACGACAGGAUCUCCGCGACAAAGAGCUAGGCAAGAAGUACUGGGAGUGGACGGAGAAACAGCUCAAGCCAUAUACUACUUCGUGA